AUGAGUUGCCGCCUGCAAACCUCUUCCUCCGGCUUCGGUGGAGGUCUGGGGGGAGGCUCCUGCCUCCUGGGAGGGGGAAGAAGUGCGUCUUCCUCCUCCUCUCGGUUCGUGUGCUCGGGGUCUGCCGGGGGCUACGGCGGGGGCCUGAGCUGCGGCCUUGGCGGCGGAGCCGGGGGCAGCUUCGGCGGAGGCUUCGGGGGCAGCUAUGGCGGUGGCUAUGGCGGCGGCUUUGGUGGCGGGGCCUGUGGGGCCGGUGGCAGCUUCGGUGGAGCCAGCUUCGGCGGAGGCAGCUUCGGCGGAGGCAGCUUCGGCGGAGGCGGCUUCGACUUCGGCGGGGCCCUGGGUGGAGCGGAUGGCGGGCUCCUGUCCGGCAACGAGAAGGUGACCAUGCAGAACCUGAACGACCGUCUGGCCACCUACCUGGACAAGGUGCGCGCCCUGGAGGAGGCCAACGCUGAUCUGGAGAAGAAGAUCCGCGACUGGCACCAGAAGCAGAGCCCCAGCAGCCCCGAGCGUGAUUACUCUAGCUACUACAAGACCAUCGAGGACCUGCGGGACAAGAUCCUUGCCGCCACCAUCGACAACAACAGGGUGGUUCUGGAGGUCGACAAUGCCCGUCUGGCAGCUGAUGACUUCAAGCUCAAGUACGAGAAUGAGCUGGUCCUGCGCCAGAGCGUGGAGGCCGACAUCAACGGGCUGCGCCGUGUGCUGGAUGAGCUGACCCUGGCCAAGAGUGACCUGGAGAUGCAGAUUGAGAGCCUCAACGAAGAGCUGGCCUACCUCAAGAAGAACCACGAGGAGGAGAUGAAGGAAUUCAGCAACCAGCUGGUGGGCCAGGUCAACGUGGAGGUGGAUGCGGCACCGGGUGUGGAUCUGACUCUCGCGCUGAGCGAGAUGCGGGAGCAGUACGAAAUCAUGGCCGAAAAGAACCGGCGGGACGCAGAAGCCUGGUUCCACAGCAAGAGCGAGGAGCUCAACAAGGAAGUGGCGACCAGCACCGAACAGAUCCAGACCAGCAAGACAGAGGUCACCGAACUGAGACGCACCCUGCAGGGAUUGGAGAUCGAGCUGCAAUCUCAGCUCAGCAUGAAAGCCGGACUGGAGGCCACCGUGGCUGAGACCGAGUGCCGCUACGCCAUGCAGCUGCAGGAUAUCCAAGGGGUGAUCGGCAGCAUCGAAAGCCAGCUGAGUGAGCUGCGCAGCGAGAUGGAGUGUCAGAACCAGGAAUACAAGACGCUGCUGGACAUCAAGACCCGGCUGGAGCAGGAGAUAGCCACUUACCGCAGCCUGUUGGAGGGCCAGGACUCCAAGAUAGCCGGCUUUACUUCAAGGAAUGGGGCAGCAGUGACCGCCGGCAGCAGCAACAGCGGCAACAACAGUAGCAGCAGCAGCAGCAGCGCGGCCGGUCCUGGCCGUCGCCCCUCGGCGGAGCCGCGUCGUCCUUGAACCCAUAGCUCUGGCACGGAAGCUGGAAAUCUGCCCCUUCCCUCGUGCCCCACGACGGGGCCUUUCCCCAACCCGGCUGCUUCUACCGCCAACUCGGCCGCUCCGUGCCCCAGGACGCCCUUCCUGUCUCGCUAAUCGCACUUUCGGUUCAAUAAAGUUUUCCUGCCUUCUGCAAAUGCA